AUGUCCGUCCAAAACUGCUGCGUCCAAGGCUUCGCCUGGAAAGGUAAACCUACCGGUCACACCUCCAGACUCGCCAACAACAAUGUCUACAAAACAGGCACGAACACCGACGUUGCCAUCCUCUUCAUAUCCGAUCUCUUCGGUUGGACAUUCCCCAACAUCCGCCUCCUGGCAGACCACUACGCCCGCGAAAUCGACGCAACAGUUUACGUCCCCGACUUCUUCGGCGGCGAAGUUCUAGACUUUGACCUCGUUGCCGCGGAGAAAUUCGCCGAGCUGGAUGUUGAGGGUUUCGUGCAGCGGAAUAGUCGGGAGAAGCGGGAGCCGGAGAUCUUUGCUUGUGCGCGGGCGUUGAAGCACGAACUUGGGUAUGAGAAGGUUGGAGCGGUGGGGUAUUGCUAUGGGGGGUGGGCGUCGUUUCGUCUAGGGGCGAAGGAGCAUGCUGGGGAGCGGUUGGUGGAUUGUAUCUCAGUUGGACAUCCGUCACUUCUUACGAGGGAGGAUGUGGAUGGGGUGGAUGUUCCGGUGCAGGUUCUGGCACCGGAGAUUGAUCUGGCGUAUUCGGUGGAGUUUAAGAUAUAUACGAUUGAGAAGUUGAUGGGGUUGAAUGUGGCUUUCGAUUAUCAGCAUUUUCCGGGGGUUGUGCAUGCUUGUUUUGUGCGUGGGGACGAGAACAAGGCUGGGGAGAGGGCGGCGAUGGAAAGGGGGAGGGAUGCGGCUGUUGCGUGGUUUAGGCAGUGGUUGAAGUAG